AUGGACCGUAAUGAAUUCACCACUCAGUUGUUUUCGACCACGGGUGCGACUCUCACAGUUUACACUCCCAAACGGAAGAAGGCUGUCUACAUUCUCAGCAGCAUGCACAACCUCGUUCAGACGGACGAUACCACCAAAAGGAAGCCAAACACGGUCACCCUCUACAAUACCACAAAGUGCGGCGUGGAUAUUAUGGACCAGAUGGUGCGGGAGUACAGUGUCCGCUCAGGAACACGGCGCUGGCCAGUCGCUGUGUUCUAUAAUAUGAUUGAUAUGGCAGCAUUGAACGCACAUGUUCUUUAUCAAGCAUGUACCGGGAAGCAGGAGAGACGGGUGGCCUUUCUGGUGGCGCUUGCAAGGGAAUUGGCUCACUCUCACGUUGGUGCAAAGAAGGCACAAAAGGAAGAAAUGCUUUGA